GCGACGUUACUGCGGCCGGCCAUUCUGGUUGCGGCAAGCGCGCGCCUGAAGCCCUCGCGAAAGCUCUUUCAGUUCCACCGCUUUGUGCCCGCUUGUUUACUCUUUUUUAAACAUGGCUGAAGAAGGCAGUGCUCAAGAGGGCCUGGCGCCACCUCAGACAGAGGGGGCAGAUGGCGAAAUUGUAGGAGGACCGCGGACGCCGCAGCAAAUAGCUGCACAAAAGAGGUUGCAACAGACGCAGGCUCAAGUGGAUGAGGUGUGUGAAAUAAUGAAAUCAAACGUAGAAAAAGUACUCGACAGAGACGCUAAAUUGUCUGAGUUGGAUGAUAGAGCAAAUGCCCUUCAACAAGGAGCUUCUCAAUUUGAACAGCAAGCAAAGAGUUUGAAGAAUAAGUUUUGGCUUCAGAAUCUCAAGAUGAUGAUCAUUAUGGGUGUGAUUGGACUCGUUAUUAUUGGACUCCUUUUUGUUCGGUAUCGCGGGACGCCGUCUAUGCCCAGCAUCGCACCUGUACCAGCUACAAACGCUACUCAGAUCGUUGCUCCUCCUAAGUGAAAAUACAUGUAAAGAGGAUGCCUCAACAAAAAAAUAAUCAUUUAAUGUAUAUUUCAAUGUUCCAUACAUAAUUAAUUCGUAGAUUAUACAAUGAUAAAGAGAAUAACGUUUCUUAAAAUUUCUCAAUGUAUAAAAUUAUUACACGUAAUAGUACCUAUAUGUCUUGAUAAAGAUGACUAAACAAAUCUAGAUUCUUUAUAUGUAAACCUACAUAGCUAAUCGAUACAAAUUUUAUUAUGAACUUAAAUUUAAAUACAAAAUUUCCUUUUCAUAAAAUUAAUAUGUUCUAGUAAUUUUUGAAAAGUGCCAAAACAGGCAAUGUUCCGGUGUAAUUUAUUUCAAAACUGUAAAUAAUGUAGAUACAAUUUUCAAAGUCUAGUAAUGUAUAACUUUUAACUUCAAUUUUAGUAAAAAAAAAUAUAUAUUUUACUUCACUCCAUUUUAAAUAAUAAUGAUUUAAUAA